AUGAGUGGACGGACCACACCAAAUUUCACCACGCAGCAGCUCAAGGACCAGAAGCGCCAUUCCCGCAACCCCUCUCACUUGGAUGCACUCAAAAAGGCUCAGAUCAAUGGAAGAAGCAGUGAGAAUGUGCUCGCGUCGCUGCGAGCUACGCAGCUGGCUGGUUCGAAGCCGCUGUUGCCUGCCGAGUUGAUUGCGACGAUCUUGGACUACCUUCCAGUCUCGGAUCUGCUGAGAUUCGCCAGAGUGUCCCGGAGACUGCAGGAGAUGGUUUACGACGAUACGAGAUGGAUCCAGAAGCUGAAUGCGAUGAGGGCGUGGAACGAGGCAGAAGCCCGACAGCGAAUGGAGGAGGCUGUGAAACGAAAGACGCAAACACAGCGGACUAAACAGACGCAUGAGGCAGACAGGACCGUCGCACAUCCAGGGAGCGUGAAUGGGUUCACUGGGAUCGGAAGACAACAUUCGGCGAGCACGAUGCUAUUCGAUGCCAGUUUAGAAGAGCAGAAGAGCAAGCGCAGAUUGUCGGAAGGAUUCAGUGAGGCGGCCAUAUCUUCCGCUCCGCCUGAUGCGCCCACAGCGCUGUCGAUCUUCAAACGAGUGAAAUCAAUCCGAGGUCAUGCCAGACACGAAUUUGGAAAGAUCUACGGCGCAUUGGGUCCAAUAUACUUCGAUCUCGCGCAAUCGACAGGCCAUUCCGAUGCGCUCAUCUACCGAACGUACCGCGAUCCCGAACAGCAGGCCCAGAUUCUGGCCAAUCUCAAGCGAUUUGCUCAAUGUGAUCUCUCACACGGUAGAGCAGAACGAGAACAGCGGCUUGACACUAUGAUUGGUGUGUUUGAGGAUGCGGUGUUGCAAGAAUUCGCACAAGGGUACGCGGCGAGUGAUGUGGAUGGCCGAAUGCGCCGAUAUGCUCAUGUCAUGGUCUCCCUGAAUGGAGGUGCUGCGGCAGUGGAUUCUUUCAUCUCAAACCAUUCCAUCAUGACCAAGACUAGCCGGGCCGGCAACCCGCUGGAUUGUCUGGAGGACGUAGCCUCAGGACAUGUCGACCUCAACCCGUCACAGAGAUUUUUUGAACGAAUAGCUUCGGUUAUGUUGGAACAGGCAGAUGUAAUCGACAGAGUAUUCCCACACAGCGUGGAUGUGUUGACCGCUUUCUGGGCGCGUGUAUGCGAGGAUGUGAUUGCGGAGUAUUUAACAGUGCUCUUCGACAAAGCGCAUGCGAAGGGCAACGGAACCUACGUCAAGGCGGUGGCCGGAACGUUUGGGCAGGCUUUGCGGCUGAUGGCGUCUCUCAGAUCGACGAAAGCAUCUCCGCCUGAUUUUGCCGACCGCUCGAAGCAAGUUCUGGUCCGUUGUUUUGACAAGCACAUCGAUCUGUACCUCGCGGAAGAGUUCGAAGUCUUCCGGAGCAAGGCUGAGGCGGAUGUCAAUCAGUGGGAGAAGGAGCUGUCAGAGCAGGAGGCGUCGACAGAAUCAUUCUUCAUGUCCAACAUCAAUCGUCAGGCGGCGAAGAGGGACUUCCUUUCGUCGUUCAGAAAGGUGGUAAUGAUGCCGGUUAAUGCCUUCCCGAUAUCGUCACCCUUCGGCACCGCGAAACCCGUGGCCGUCACCGGUCGGCAGAAUUUGGACGAUCUGGACGGUCGACCCAGGACGCCGCCGAUACGUACCACGACGCCUCAACAAGAAGCUCCCACGACGGAGCUAGCAGCUAAGGCGGCCAUCAUGAACUCCAAACUGGAGGGUAUCAAGUCAUUAUUUAGUAUCGAAGUCGCAUUGAACCUGACGCAUCUCGCAAAGGCAUCCAUCGAACGAGCAGCAUUGAUGGCACAAAUGGGAGGAGACGAAGGACAAGAAGCACAACGACAGUGUCGGAAUAUAUUCGUGAAGAUGCUGGAGAUUUUGGGGUCCCGCCAUAUCAAAAAUGGCUUCGACAAAGCAGUCACACAUCUUGGGACGUACAAUCCGCGGGAGGUCAAAUUCAAGGAGACGGCGAAAACGCGCGAAACCCUGGACACGAAUGCGCAUGCUGGUGUGGAGCCACUGGUUACAUUCCUCGAACUGGUAAAUGUCGGUGAUCUGAUUCAACAAAUGGUCGACGUCUUCUACUCGCAGGAGUUGGUGGCCCCAAGACUGGUCGACCGCGACGACUUCCUCGACCCGGCAGUGAAAGAGAAGAAGAAGUUUGAGCAAAUGCUCGACGAACGCGUGGCCGCCGGGCUGAACAAAGGCAUCGACGUCCUGAUGGAUGAGGUGGAGUACAUUUGUGCGACCAAUCAGACGCCAACCGAUUUCAGCCCAGCCUCGCAGAUAUCAGAUGUCGGUCCGAGCACAACCGCCAAACAGGUUGUCGAUGUCGUCAGCGGCCACUCCGGCAUGCUUGUCGGCAGUACGGACAAGAACAUGCUCGACGUCUUCAACCAGGAAGUUGGGCUCCGGCUCUUCGCAGUGCUGUGUAAGCAUUUCAAACGACAACGUAUUUCAGUAGACGGCGCAAUUCGGCUCAUUUCGGACAUCAACCACUACAGCGCUUUCGUCGGCACCCUCCGCCAGAAACAACUCACGCCAUACUUUGAAGCGUUGCGGGAGCUGUCGCAGAUCUAUCUCGCCAAGGAGCUUGCAACGAUCAUCGCGGACUCGCAGCGGUAUCAUGGAAUCAUCACGACGGAGGAGGUCUACGAAUUCGCGGAGAGAAGGGCGGAUUGGUAUCUGGUCAAAGGAGAUGUAGAGAGGGCGAUGUAUGGCGUGGGAUGUGUUACGAUGUAA